AUGAGCUCUUCUCAAGCACAACAAAGUCAGAUUCCUGAAAACAUGACGUCGAGUCAAAAGAAGAAACUUUUUACUUUUAAAAGGACUACCCUUUAUUUAGAGAAUAAAGGUAGUAUUGCUAGAGACCAUUUAGCAAAUGAAAGAACAUUUCUUGCAUGGCUGCGUACUGCUUUGUCAUUCUCUGGGAUAGGAAUUGCAAUUUCUCAACUAUUCAAACUAAGUGUGCAGGAAAGAACUAUGAAGGGAGGAACUAUGCUAUCAUCGAGCCCCAGUGAAAAAUCUGCGAAAGUGUUAUCCGUCACAUUUAUCUUACUUGGGAUGGUAUUUUUAUUGCUGGGUAUCUUGCGUUACUUUAAUUCUCAAAUGACAAUGACAAAAGGACGAUUUCCUGCUACAAGAUUGAGUAUUAUUGUUGCUGCUUUUUUGACGAUUGCUAUAUUGGUUGGAAUUAUUGUUAUGUUGGUGAUAGAUUCUUGA